AAGCACAUCAACCCAGCUGAUGAAAACACGAGAAGCAGUGCUUAAUAUUGCAGGAUUUUAAUUCACUGCUAAUAACGACAAGGUUGCACUGAUGAAGGAGGAGAUACGCAAAAUCAGUCAUCUGCACAUGCUGAAUACAAAUAAAAAAUGCUGCUACUUGUAGCAGCUGUGAAGUAUAGCUCACAGCUUCUGGUGGACAUGAGCACAAGUGUGGCCCUACUGAGAACCCAGAGACUUUGGAUUCGGAAUGAAUUCAUAGCUAGAGCCAUGACUUCAAGAACCUCUGGAACAGGAACUACCUCAUACUCCAACAGUCAAGAUGUGUUGAAGAAAGACUCCCUGAAGAUCUUUAAAAAAGCUGUGAAAUCUGUUCUUCCUCAAAAUAUGGUGCAGAACACACUUAAAGUUGAUGAAAGGACACUUUGGGUAGAUGGCAAUGAAUAUGCAUUAAACAAAAAUGUGUACAUGGUUGGGUUUGGCAAGGCUGUGUUGGGAAUGAUGCAGGUAGCUGAAGAGUUGUUGGGAGAGCACCUGGUAAAAGGUGUCGCCAGUGUCCCUGUUGGUACCCAGGACAAGCUUCAAUCUGGUGUGGAGAAAUCUCAGAUCCCUCGGGAACCCUCAAAAAUUGAAAUCAUAGAGGGAGCAAAGGACAACUUACCUGAUGCUGAAGCCCACAGAGCUGCACAAGCCAUAUGUGACAUGGCCCAGUCUCUUAGCCAUGGGGACAUAUUGCUGGUUAUGAUUACAGGAGGAGGAUCUGCCCUGCUCCCCCUGCCCUGUGCCCCUAUCACCCUGGAGGAGGUCAAUGAAACCACCAAACUGAUGUCAAAGGCUGGGGCCAAGAUACAGUCUAUGAACACUGUAAGGAAGAAUAUUGAAGUUCUGAAGGGUGGAGGACUGGCCCGGAUGGCACAGCCUGCUAAGGUGAUUUCACUGAUAUUGUCAGACAUUGUCGGAGACCCUCUGGAUAUGAUAGCAAGUGGUCCCACUGUGAAGGACGUGUCUUCUGCUCAACAGUGUCUUCACCUCUUUGCUGAUUUAGAUUUAGUUGACAAGGUGCCAAAGUCAGUAUUGACAUUUCUUCAAAAGGGUGCUGCCAAUGAAAACUCUCUCAAAAAGGGAUGUUCAUCCACUGAAACUAACAGAUUUCUGAGUGAUGACAGUGUUGAAUGUGACUGGAAUCAGGUGCAAAAUGUUAUCAUAGGCAGUAACAGUAUUGCCAUCAAGGCAGCAGUGGAGAAAGCAGAGGCCCUGGGGUAUGUGGCAUUUGUCCUCACUGACCAAUUGGAGGGGGAGGCAAGAGACAUUGGUGUGAUGUUUGGGAAGAUGGCCCAUUUUAUCUGUGAGUCAUUUAAAGACAAACAGCAACACAUGUCAUCUAAUAAGUCCCUGAUUAAGGCAGAAAUUAGCUUAGUACAGACAGGAAUGACAAAAGAAGCUGUGAAUAGUUUGCGUCGAGCUGUGUCACAGGCACAAAAUUCUGGCCAGCCUUUGUGUGUAAUAUGUGGUGGAGAGACUACAGUCAGUGUCAAAGGUCAAGGUCAGGGUGGACGAAACCAGGAAAUGGCCCACUCAACAGCCAUAGAACUGAAUAUGUUAUUUUCUGACAGUCCAUAUAAAAAUGAUUUUAACAUCCAGUUUCUGAGUGUAGGUACUGAUGGACAAGAUGGUCCCACAGAUGCAGCAGGCGCAUUUGCUGACCCCAUGACCUUGACUUUAAGUGCUGACCUUGAUGCUGUUGAAUUCUUGAAUGACAAUAAUAGCUAUAACUUCUUUAAACAAGCUAAUAAUGGGCAGGAUUUAUUGGUUACAGGAGCAACAGGUACUAAUGUUAUGGAUCUGCAGUUUCUGCUGAUCAAAAGAUGUAUAUAAUACCGGUAACUGCUCUCUCCCAGUGGUCUUCUAGCUAUUACAUAAUUGUAGAAAAUUAUAGGCAGUAAUAUCACAUCUUUUGAAAUUGACAUGAUCAGUUGAAAUGUAUUCUUCACCAGGCAUAACAUUUCCAUAUCCCAGUUGGGAGAGUUUCACUCCUAUGUAAACAAAGGUCUUUGCUACCUAACACAAGUCAAGCUUCAAAAGGAAUAUCAUUAUUCACAUCUUCAACCGCAGCGUGAGUUUUGUAUAGGGGUAGUUUAAAAUUGAUUGACUGAUGACAGCUUGAUCCUUUCAAGUUCCACAUUAUAAUUCCAUAUAUAUAUAUAUAAUUCUGUAACAACUCAUAUUAAAAUAUCUCUGUUAAAGAAAAACCAACAACUGUAUAUUAACUUAAAUUCCCUUCCAUUUCUUUUGUCAAUUUCUCCAGUUAAAGAAUACAUGUCAGACCGUGAAAUAAAUAAUCAAAUGGACAGAAUUUAA